AUGGUCGGCCCGACGCUUCUGACUGGGCGGCGUCCUUUGCUGCUUUCUUUGCCUUUCCGUGAUAAUCGAUGCCCUCUGUUCUGGCCUCCUUUGCCACAGCGCACUCGAGGCGGCGACGUCGCGCGCCACAGCACGCCAGUGAUCUCCCUCGGCUCGGCCGCGCUCGCGGGCGUCAGUCGCGUCAGCACCACCAAGAACUUGGCCACCGUGUUCAUGCGUUCCUUCCCCAGGAACUUGCCCCUUUCCGCGUCUUCUGCCGCGGUGCUUCUCCUCCCACCCCCGUCGCCACGUCGCCGCUCGAGCGCCUAG